AUGAUUGAGAGCCAGGCGGAGAGUUGCGACCGAACCAGAGAACCGCACAAGUUUGAUCCUUCCUUCAGAGGUCCAGUCUGCAGAAGAAGCUGCACUGAUGUCUUGUGUUGUUUGUUCUUCGUUAUUGUCAUCCUCUCAUAUGUGGCCCUGGGGAUAGUGGCCUGGUUACAUGGGGACCCCAGGAAGGUUCUCCAUCCAACAGACAGCUAUGGCCAGUUCUGUGGGCAAAAAGGAACUCCCAAUGCGAAGAAACCCAUCCUAUUCUACUUCAACAUCUUAAAAUGUGCCAACCCAGCUAUACUCAUCAACCUGCUGUGCCCCACAACACAGAUGUGUGUGUCACAGUGCCCUGACAAGUUUGCCACCUACAGUGAGGUGCAGCUGCAACACAAACUCAACAAGAGUUACUGGGAAUACUAUAAACAGUUCUGUAAGCCUGGAUUUAAUAACCCUGAAAAGCCAGUAUCUCAGGUUCUAAGAGAUGAGGACUGCCCCUCCAUGAUCAUACCCAGUAGACCAUUUCUCCAAAGAUGUCUACCAGACUUCACCACUCUGAAUGGGACUGUGACUAUAGCAAACAGAACUAGGUUUAAAGAUGCUCUGGAAAUUCCACACAGUGUCAGUGAACUCCAACAUGCUACCAAGACUAUAACAGGACUUGUGGACACUAAGGAGAUGGGCAUGAAGAUAAUGGAGGAUUAUUCUCAGUCCUGGGCAUGGAUACUCAUAGGUCUGCUGAUAUCCCUGGCUGUUAGUCUGAUCUUCAUCCUGCUGCUGAGGUUCACAGCUGGGUUGCUGCUGUGGACUACCAUCAUCACUUUCAUACUACUGCUGGCAUAUGGUAUUUGGUACUGCUCUAUGGUCUGGUCCCAGCUCAAACACACACCAGGCUCUGAUGUUGCCAUUACAGAGGUCGGCUUGCAGACUGACCUACAGGUCUACUUACAACUCAGACAGACAUGGAUCAUAUUAUUGGUGUCUCUGGCAGUGACUGAAGCUUCCAUCUUGACAAUGUUGAUCUUCCUAAGGAGACGAGUCCGAGUGGCCAUUGCCCUGCUCAGAGAGGCCAGCAAAGCUAUCGGUCACAUCAUGUCCACACUGCUCUUUCCAGUUGUCACCUUCCUCUUGUUGACUGUGUGUGUCUCCUACUGGGCAGUUACUGCCGUUUAUCUUGCAUCCUCAGGUGAAGCCAUCUACAAAGUGAUGUCUCCUUAUGUGAGCUGCCCCUACACCAACAGUACAUGCAAUCCUGAGACCUUCAACAGAACCAACAUCUCCACAUCAGUGUUGUGUCUGGGUUCUCAGUGUCAGUUUGCCUUCUACGGUGGGGAGACGUCCUACCACCGCUACCUCUUCCUUUUGCAGCUGUUCAACCUACUUGUCUUCCUCUGGCUGGUCAACUUCAGUCUGGCCCUGGAGCAGUGCACCCUGGCAGGGACAUUUGCAAACUACUAUUGGGCCAAGAGGAAGCCUCAGGAUAUCCCAGCAUGUCCACUCUUGCUGUCAUUCAUUAGGGCUGUCAGGUAUCAUAUAGGGUCUCUAGCUUUUGGCGCUUUAAUUCUUUCAGUUGUCCAACUUCUGCGGAUCAUCCUGGAAUACCUAGAGCAGAAACUAAAAGGUAUUGACAACAGCCUGUCCCGGUUCAUGAUGUGCUGUCUAAAAUGCUGUUUCUGGGGUCUGGAGAAAUUAAUUCGCUACUUGAACCAUAAUGCUUAUAUCAUGGUGGCGAUCUAUGGUAAAAAUUUCUGUACCUCAGCCAAAGAGGCCUUCUUCCUACUGAUGAGAAAUGUGGUCAGGGUUGCAGUUCUAGACAGAGUGACAGAUUUCCUGUUGUUUCUGGGCAAAUUGCUGAUAGCAGGAGGAGUUGGCGCAGUUGCCUUCUACUUCUUCACUAGGAAGAUCCCUGUUAUCCAGGAAGAAGUACCCCAUCUCAACUACUAUUGGGUCCCCCUACUGACUGUGGUGAUUGGCGCCUACCUGAUUGCACACGGAUUCUUCAGCGUCUAUGCCAUUUGUGUGGAAACACUCUUCCUCUGCUUCUGUGAUGACUUGGAGAGGAAUGACGGUAGUGCAGAAAAACCUUUCCUCAUGUCUCCAGAGCUGCAUAGAAUCUUGGGAAAACCCAGUCCGUUUCGAUGAUAUCCCUUCCUCCAUAUCCACUCCAUCAGCAGCCAGUCUGCUCAGCUUUGGUUGGCUGGUCCCUAUAUGUGUCAAGAUGUAGCAACG